UCUCUCUCUCUCUCUUGCUCGCUCUGUGUUUGUUCAUUUGAAACUAACUGCUUGUGCACUGCCAAAAGAGAAGAAAAUGGGAGCUCUUGACUAUCUGUCUAACUUUUGCACUGUUACCAGCAUAAGCAUAAGAAGCAGAAGCAAACGCAAACCAAUGCAGACAGUGGAUAUCAAGGUGAAAAUGGACUGUGAUGGCUGUGAAAGAAGAGUUAAACAUGCUGUUUCCUCCAUGAAAGGAGUGAAAUCCGUGGAGAUAAACAGAAAACAAAGCCGGCUUAAAGUUUCAGGCUACAUAGAUCCUAAUAAAGUCUUGAAGAGAAUUAAAAGAAGAACAGGAAAGAAAGCUGAAUUCUGGCCUUAUGUUCCUUAUAAUUUGGUGUAUUACCCAUAUGUUUCUCAGGCCUAUGACAAAAGGGCACCGGCCGGAUUUGUCCGGAACGUUGCUCAGGCGCUUCCGACCCCGAAUGCAAUCGAAGAGAAGUUUACAUCGUUGUUCAGUGAUGAUAACCCGAAUGCAUGCUCCAUUAUGUAAUUCAAUCAGUGAAGUUUUUGAGUUUUGAAAUGAAAGUGAUUUAACUAUCAUUAUAAGUUAAUAUGUAGCAGUUUAUAUGCCUAAGACGAAUUUAAUUAUGUACUUAGAGGGAACUUUGUUUCUUUUGAGAGCUUUA